AUGAGAAGUAAUAUAGCUCGAGUUAAUAGGAUUUACAAGAAGAAAAAAGCAAUCGUAAUAGCAGGUGGGUCAAUUCUGCUUUCAGAAAUGAAUAAUUUGGAAGAGUCCAAGCCCGCGAAUUGUAAAGGUCAGUUCAUUCUCUUACUCAUCUUCACUACUUUCAUCAGUGUUACAUUUUCCUCCAAUGAGUUGCAAUAUCAGAAUCAGAUUGAUGAAAAAGCUUUGCUUGAAUUAAAAAAGUCUGUAAAAAUGGAUCCAAGUCUUUCUUUGUCCAACUGGGUAAAUUCAAACAAUAUUUGUAACUGGACCGGAAUAACUUGCAGUCGCAAUCGAAGAGUUGUGAGUGUGGUUCUCAAGUACAAGGGAUUGUCUGGUACCAUACCCCCUCAUAUAGGCAACAUGUCCUUCCUUACGAUGCUUGACCUCUCUCAUAAUCGUUUCUCUGCCCUCAUUCCCAGAGAGCUUGGUAAACUACAAAAGCUGCAGUUCAUUAAGCUCUACGAAAAUAGCUUGCAAGAACUCCGAUUAGACAAUAAUUUGUUGAGCGGAAGCAUUCCACUAGAGUUGUGUUCCUUGGACAAAUUGAAGAAACUCAACAUCUCUGUCAAUAAAUUGAGUGGAAUCAUUCCUCAAGGCUUGGCAAAUUGCACUGCGCUUAAAACUUUAAAUCUUGAGCAUAAUUUUUUAAGAGGCACUAUCCCCAGGUCGUUGAGUAACUGCACAAAAUUGCGUGUCUUAUCUCUGUCCAGUAAUGCACUUGAAGGACCAAUUCCAUCUGAGAUAUUAACAACAUUGAUCAGAUUAGAAAAUUUGUAUCUUGAUUCCAACAAACUCAAUGGUAGUAUCUCCAUGGAGAUUGGUAAAUUAUGGAGAAUGAGGGAGAUCAUCUUUUAUAACAAUAGUCUUACAGGUAGCAUUCCCAUGGCCCUGGCGAACUGUUCGUCUCUGGAGACGCUGGAUUUCUCUUACAAUUCCUUGUAUGGCAUCGUUCCAGCAGAAUUGAGUUUUCUUACCCAAUUGCAAAAACUCUGGUUCAGUAAGAAUAGCCUUGGAGGAUCGAUUUAUUUUCUCAUGAAUUAUACUGAAUUGGAGAUAAUGGGGCUAGGGGGCAAUAAGUUCGAAGGUGAAAUUCCAGAGGUAAUAGGCGAUAAGUUACCCAAACUACAGCAGAUGGAAUUGCUUUAUAAUGAGUUAAGCGGCAGCAUCCCAAAAUCUCUAGGCAAUUGUUCUACGCUCAAUUUUAUUUCAAUAAGCUAUAACAAGUUGAGCGGAGCAAUACCCCGAGAAUUGAGGAUGCUUACUCGUCUACAAACAUUUGGUAUUGGUGAUAACAACUUUGAGGGACAAAUUUUUCCUAAUCUGUUAAACUGUACAGAAUUGCAGAGGCUUGUACUGAAAGAAAAUAGGUUCGUGGGCGCCAUUCCUGAAGAUAUUGGCCUGAUGCUCCCCGACUUAGAAAUUUUUGCUGUGGGAGCUAAUCAAUUUCGUGGGGGUAUCCCAAAGUCUAUGGGAAAUUGUUCUCAGCUCUGGAUGCUUGAUCUCUCUUGGAAUCUGCUAAGUGGUGUGGUGCCUCGAGAAUUGGGAAAGCUAACUGUUCUGCAGAUACUGAACCUUGAGUUGAUUAACCUGUCAAAUGCACACUGUUGUAUAAUGUGUGUGUUAGAUGUACUUUCUAACUGCUCCAUUCUUGAAAAGUUGAUUCUAUCGGGAAAUGAUUUAAGUGGCACUUUGUCAAGGGGCAUAGGAAACCUCUCUCCCAGGCUAUCGAAGCUGUAUUUGGAUGGCAACAACAUCACUGGCAACAUACCAGAAGAGAUUGGUAACCUUACUGAGUUGACCGCAUUAUCACUUAGAAAUAACAGAGUAAUUGGGCAGGUUCCGAGUGCAUUAGGCCUUCUGAAGAAUCUACAGUCGUUGGACUGA